AUGAGUUCGAACGGGGCUCUGCGCGACACUGAAAAGACUACCACCUCGACAAACAACAACGAAACAAAUGACAUCAGGGACAUGUCAGACAACAAAGACUUUCCGGGCCGUACUACGCUUGUCCAUGUAAUGGCGGAGCGUAUUGCAAACGGGGUAAGUCUAAAACAGGUCGCCUUCCAGAACAAUAUGACGGAGGACCAAGUAGGACGGUUGAUCUCUGAAAUUGCCACCCGGACUCCCGAGAAUGGUACGGAGCAGACAUGA